CUACAUUUCUUUGGUGAAAAUAACCGAAAUUAUGAUGUACCAAUUAUUUAGUUUGUAGGAAAGUUAUAGAGUUCACAAACUAUGGGAUAUAUCUGAAAAUUUAUCAGUCCUGAAGUACUGACGGCCAAUCUAAUUUCUUGAGGUCCAAGAAUGUCAGGACAGUACAGAUAUCCCCCAAAUGACCACUUUUUGCAAAGUAGACAGUCCAACGUAUUUCAAAGCAGGCAUGGUAAGUUUUUUGAAUUUGUACUUUUUUGUCAUAUUUUUUUCGGAAAAAAAAAUAUUUUUUUUUUUUACAUACUGUCACCA